AUGAACAUGAUAAGGAUGCUCCUUAUCACUCGAUCAUGUAUAAAACAUUUCACCACUCUAAGCAAAGCGUUAACGAAUACCCCCGGCAGAAUAAUCAGGAAUGGUUCCUUUAGAAGAGUACUUCGUGAGAAGAAUCAAAUAACAAAUACGCCACCUAUAUAUACAUCCAACGGAAGUAACAAUAUUGAUAUAAUAAAAGCAAAUGACCCUAUAGCUACCACAAUCCUCAAUGAGCCCACCAUUAUUAUCGAAAGGCAAAUAGAAUUUAUGAAUGUCUUCCUAGGUUUCGAGCAGGCCAAUAGAUAUGCUAUAAUGGAUGUGAAUGGAAACAAAAUUGCGACAAUGAUGGAAAGAGACUUUUCCAUAACAAAGGCGAUAAUGCGGCAAUUUUAUCGUUUACAUAGACCAUUUUUAGUAGACGUUUUUGAUAAUUGGGGGAACGUCAUAAUGACAAUUAAAAGACCCUUUUCGCUCAUCAACUCUCAUAUAAAGACUAUCUUACCCCCUUCUGCGUAUGUAGAUAAUGUUAGUGGCUCCACAAAUUAUCAGGAUGGUAAACAAGGAACUAUAGUAGGGGAAACAAUCCAGAAUUGGCAUCUAUGGAGGCGUCGUUAUGAGUUAUUCCAGAAAGAGGGUAAGGAAGGUUCUAAGUUUGACCAAUUUGGCAGAAUUGAUGCGCCAUUCUUAUCAUUUGAUUUCCCUGUAACCGAUGCCAAUGGUAAGAUAACGGCUAGUGUGGAUAGAAAUUGGGUUGGUUUAGGAAGAGAAAUGUUUACCGAUACAGGUGUUUACAUCGUUAGAUUUGACUCGCAAAGGUGCUUCAAUGAUAUUUAUCCCACUGAAAUGCUAAGUUCUCAAGUACUAACUUUAGAUCAAAGGGCCGUGGUAUUAGCAAAUGCCGUUUCCAUCGAUUUCGAUUAUUUUUCAAGACAUUCCAGGCAAGCAGGUGGUUUCCUCUCCUUUGGUGGCGGCUAUGAUGAGUAG